AUGGAGCAUGGCAAAGAUGUUGAAAUAAGCGAGAGUUCUGUACAAGUUCCUCUUUUUGCUUAUGAGGAAGAACUCCCGGUUGCAAAAACUCGUGAGGAAAUAAUGGCAGAUAAACUGAGAAAGCUGCGAUGCUUCUCCUUUCCUAUUCCAGAAACACCUGACUGUGACGCGAGUGGGGCUCUCGUGUACAUAGACACUUAUAAGAAAUUUCAAGACCAAACUGACAAAAACGUUGACUAUUCAGACUAUCCUAUGAUUGGGGUGCCAAGUGAUCUACGGAAUUGUAACGAUGUUCUGAAUUUAUCAUAUGCUGGACUUGGUACUCAGGGGAGCUUUGCGCUGGCUGCUGCACUUAGAGUUAAUAGUUCCAUCCAAACACUAAUAUUAUCAAACAACUAUAUCACGACUUCAGGUGCUAUGGCUAUCAUCGACGCUAUCAUCGAGUCACGAAACGUGACCGAGGUGAACCUUUCUUCAAAUCGUAUAGGGGCUCCAGAAACAUACCCGGGCGUUAACGCUUCGUUGCGUGGAGGAGAUGUAAUUAAUAAACUUAUUUCUUCUGGAUCCAUUAUUACGAAGUUAUCGCUCAGGGACAACUACAUAUCUGACACAGACCUUGAAAUCUUUUCCGAAACGCUCGCCGAAAACAUAACGUUACAGCAUUUAGAUCUAAGCUACAACAAACUGGGGCACCUUGGCGCAAUUGAACUUGCCAAAGUGCUUUCUCGCAACGCUGACUUGCGUGAGAUCAAUUUGGAACGGAAUACCUUCGGUGCUGCUGGAUGUCAGAUUCUUCUGGCACAAGGUUUCCUAUUCAACAACACUAUCAAGUCCUUUAAUCUAAGCGCAUGUGGUUUAGAUGAUGCAUGUGCAAGUCUUGUAUCAAGAAUCAUAAGUGAGAAUGCUACUGAAGAAAUUAUCAUAGCCAACAACCGAAUUAGCGCGACUGGGGCAGAUUCCAUUACCAAGGGCAUCGUUGCCACCACGUCGCUUGCAACACUGGUGUUGGAUGGUAACUAUCUCGGUGAUGAUGGUUGUUCCAAGCUCGUGAACGUCGCCACGAGCGGUGUGCUCAAAACAUUGAACUUGCUGAGUUUGCAGCAUUGUGGUUGCUCCGCCGCCACGGAAGCACGUAGUCAAAAAGUCUCUGCGUCGAAUGGUUCUUGCAUUCGUGUGUCUGAGGGCUUUAGUGUCAUCAAUACUUUGUAA